UUGAAAUCAUCGUCUUGGUGUUUGUAGUUGAGUCACGAAUUGCAUCAUGUUAAGUUUAAAUUCACAUACUAGUGUGUGUAUGGCGGACGUGGGGUGAUCGAGUCUUGUACACCAUCAUCAAUUCAUUCAAUUAAUGGUGGACUUCUAUCUCGUGGAUUUCCGUGUGUGUGUGUGUGUGUGUUUCUUUUUCAAACUACUCCUCAUACCCGCCUUCUCAAAACCCCACCACCACAACGUUCCGUUCCAGCAAUUGGAUCAAUUAUUAUCAAUUCAUUCGACAAACUCUACAGUUGUUUCAUCGUAUAAACAGUAGGCUCGAACUCUCAGAUCUACGGAAAUCGUCUUUCUCGAUUCUCGAGAUAUACCAUACAAAAAGGUGUUUGAUUUUUUGAUUCAAUCAAAAAGUUUCGAAUCCAAGGCAAAUUCGACGCAUGGCGUUGGUGUUUGGUUCCAUGCGUCCCGUUUGAAUAGACAGACAAUCCACCAUACAUAAACGCCAAAAGAGUCUCCCACUUUAGCAUGCGAGAACUGGGUUUUCUAGAUAAAGGAGAGAGGUGGUGUUAUUAAAAGAUGCAGAAUACUAAGAAGAAAGCUUGUGAUGGUAACAAUGGUGUUGGUGAAGCUUUGAAGCAGAAAGAGAGGCAUAUCGUUUCUUGGUCUCAAGAGGAGGAUGAUAUAUUAAGAGAGCAAAUCAGUAUCCAUGGAACUGACAAUUGGACAAUCAUUGCAUCAAAGUUCAAGGAUAAAACCACCAGGCAAUGCAGAAGAAGAUGGUUCACUUAUUUGAAUUCUGAUUUCAAGAAAGGAGGAUGGUCACCAGAGGAAGACAUGCUCUUAUGUGAGGCCCAGAGGAUAUUUGGCAACAGAUGGACUGAGAUAGCAAAAGUCGUUUCAGGCAGGACUGACAAUGCUGUGAAGAAUCGCUUCUCCACCUUGUGUAAGAAAAGAGCAAAGCAUGAAGCAUUAGCAAAAGAGAAUAAUAUUUCUUACAUCAAUGCAAACAACAAAAGGACCAUGUUCCACGAUGGACAAAAGAUAGAAACUUCAAUGCCUCCUUUGAAGAUUCGGAGGAAACAUAUUGCUGGUGCCAUGGAAGAUUGCAGUCCUGAAGAAGGAUUGAUUCGGAACUGCAGAACUAGAGGCCAGCAACUAAGACCUCCAUUUGCAGUACUUAACUGUCACAACAUUGAUGAUUCUAAAAUUCAGCUUCAUUCUAGCAAUAAGGAAAUCCCAAAAGAUGCUAGCUAUAAUAUGGGUGAAGGGACAUUUCUCAAGAAGGAUGAUCCAAAGAUUAUUGUACUGAUGCAACAAGCAGAACUGCUUACCUCACUUGCACUUAAAGUUCAUACAGAGAAAACAGACCAGAGUUUUGAAAAUGCUUGGAAGGUUGUCCAGAAUUUUCUUAAGCACACUAAAGAAAGCGAUGAGCUUGGAUUCAACAUUUCUGAUAUGGGUUUUCGACUUGAGAAUUUUAAAGAUUUGGUUGAGGACAUAAGAAGUUGUAAUGAUGGCAGUCAGCAGUACUGGAGGCAACCUGAUUUGUACCAGGGAUCACCGUCUAGCUCUGAGUAUAGCACGGGCUCGACCAUUCUCUCCCAAAUAAAUGAGAGAUUGGAACCACACCAUGAUGGAUUAUGUGAAGUUGAACACCAACCACAUGAAGUAAUGCAACCAAGCGAUAUUGUUGGUGAUGCAAAUUUAGUAACAUCUGAUACAGUAAUUAGUCCAGACGUUUUACCAUCUUGUGAUGUAUUCGACAAUGACGUUGAAGCCGGAUGCCCCUUGCCAAAUUCAGAAUUCAAUUCUCCACUUCAAGUAACUCCAUUGUUCAGAUCAAUGGCUGCAGGGAUUCCGAGCCCACAAUUUUCAGAGAGCGAAAGACAUUUUCUACUAAAAACACUUGGAAUGGAGUUGACACCCCCUAAUCCAAGCACCAGAACUUCACAACCCCCACCCUGCAAAAGGGCCCUUCUCCACUGUCUUUAAACAGAGUCAUCCCAGCCUGAGUUUUGUCACCAAAAGGUUUGAUCAAGAUCCGCCCUCAAAGCCAGAAUGUUCCGGUACAUUCUAGAACCAAAGGGUAGAUCCAAGAGCGUAAGACGCCAUUCUGGGUUGCAAAAUGAGUUUACCAGUCCCAAUACUCGCAUUGAUUUCCAAUGUGCUCUAUUGGGCAUGUCUCAUUUUUGUGUGUUUUUUCCAGAGGAUAUGGAAUUUUAGGCAUAUUCCAUAUCCAUCUCAUAACCAUUUGGCCUCAAAAUUUGCCAAAUCUUGUACAUAACAUAAUUUUUACCUAAUCUUGCAGAGUGUAAUUACACAUCGGCAUCUCGCCAAUAUUUACAUUAUAGCCCCCCCACAUUUAUACAGAUGAUUGAAAGAGGGGGGAAAGGUAGUAGAAGUAUAAAAAGAGAGUGAAGGAGGAUCAACCAGCCAAAUUGGACUCCUGUUCUUUGUUUCUUGUAGGGUGUGUAGAAAGAAAGAGAAGGGUAUGGCAUAAGUUUUUUUGUUUUUUUUAAUCUUUAAAUUCUAUUGGUAUGUAUAACUUAUAAUGAUUGGU